AUGAUCUCUAACAAGCAUGUCGUGGUGGAUAUCCACACACAUAUCUACCCACCAUCCUAUAUCGAGCUCCUUGCUUCUCGAGACCAAGUUCCUUAUAUUCACAAACCUACGGCAGGCGAUCCACGGCUCAUCAUUCUCCCUUCAGACGAUGACCAGUCAAAGCCGGUUCAGAAUCGAGGACGACCCAUAGAUGCUUCGUACUCGUCCUGGGAAAUCAAGCGCACUUUCAUGACCUUACAUGGCAUCAAUGUCUCGGUCGUGUCUCUGGCCAAUCCUUGGCUAGACUUUCUUCCUAGCUCAGAAUCGCCGAAAUGGGCAAAGACGGUCAACGAUGAUCUCGAAAAGGCAUGUCUCGAGUUCAACAAAGAGGCGUCAAGUUCGAUCUGUAAACUCUUCGCAUUCGGCACACUUCCUCUUUCGGCCUCGGCAGACGACAAUCGUGCCGAAAUAAUUAGACUGAAAACCCUGCGUCACCUUAGGGGCGUCAUUAUGGGAACCACCGGUCUUGGGUUAGGCUUGGAUGAUCCAGCUCUGAACCCGAUCUGGCAAGCCUUACAGGAUACGGAGACGAUGGUCUUUUUACAUCCGCACUACGGUCUUCCCGAGACGGCGUUUGGCGGCCCAGAAGUCGUUGCGAAGUCUGGUCAUGUCUUGCCAUUAGCGCUGGGCUUUCCCCUUGAGACCACAAUUGCUGUCUCACGCAUGUUUCUGGCUGGUGUCUUUGAUCGUUUUCCCAAUCUGAAAAUGCUUCUUGCACAUUCGGGAGGGACGCUACCCUUCCUAGCUGGGCGCCUUCAAUCUUGCGUCGAGCAUGAGCGAGAGUUCAUUGCCAACGGCGGAUGCAAACAAGGGCCGAAAAGGGAUAUCUGGGAGAUACUCAAGACGAACAUCUAUCUGGAUGCUGUGAUAUAUGGAGAGCCUGGACUCAAAGCAGCAGUGGAUGCUGGCAGUGUCGAAAGGGUUAUAUUCGGAACAGAUCAUCCUUUCUUCCCACCUUUAGGAGCAGAGUCGGAUGCAUGGCCAAGCGUAGGUACGAACUACGCCGCAAUCCCAGGAGCAUUUGAAAAGAAUGAGGAUAUCGUAGAAGGUAUACUAGGAGGAAAUGCUAUCAAAAUUCUUGGUCUAGAAAUAUGA